CACAGGUGUGAACUUCUCGUUUGCAACUCCAUUGCUUCAUUUGAGUUCUACAAAGAACCAGAUUCAUCUCGAGCACCAAACAUGUCUUGCUGCAGACCUUGCUGUCCCCCAACUUGCGCCAUCCCAUCCUGCGCCUCCAGACCCCUCAUCGGCCUUGGAGGAUGUGGAGGGGGCUCUGCCCUGGGCGGCUUUGGCUCUGGUGGUGGUGGUGCUGCUUCAGCUAGCAGUCUCGGCAUGCUUGCUGGAGUGAACCCAUCCUCCAUCAGCCAGAUCCCCCCCUCCGAAGUGGUGAUCCAGCCCCCACCUGUUGUGGUGACAAUCCCAGGACCCAUUCUGUCUGCAAGUUGUGACCCAGUGGCCGUUGGGGGCUAUUCAGCAUGUUCUUCAGGAUCUUAUGGCUCCUAUUCUCGAGGGCUGCUUGGAGCGAGCUCGAGGGGGAUCUGUGCCCCAAGACGCAGAUACAGCAUCUGUAGUUCACCUUGCUAAAUCCAAACUCAUCCGAGAAGACAAGAAGAAAUGGGAACCAUUGCGACAUCAGUGAAUGUAUAUCUGAGCUUAUAGACUACAGACGCCAACAAAACUUUUAAGUGUUCAGCCAAUGAGAGAAUCGAGCCCAGGUAUUUGUC